AUGCAUCUCCACACCCCACCAUGCAACCUCCUCCUCCCUCUCCUCCUCCUCCUCCUCACCCCUCUCCCUCCAUCAAAAUCCCAAUCCCAAACCUUCAAAUUCCUCUCCGAUCCCCGCUCCUUCAUCCUCCUCCACGACUUCGGCUUCGCCUCCCCCGGCUUCAUCUCCGUCUCCGUCUCCUCCGCCUCCGUCUCCAACCCCUCCCGCCUCUCCUCCACCGGCUGCUUCUACGCCCCCUCCCCCGCCCGCCCCGCCCUCGAGCAGGCCCUCCUCCGCCGCGCCUGCAUCGCCUCCCACCCCUUGGUCUUCCCCAUCUUCACCUUCGACGACAAAUCCAAGCAUUUCAACAAAUCCCUGCUCGUCACCAUCCCUGAUUUAUACUUCAUCUUCUUGCUCAACUGCGGCAACACCUCUUCAAUCUCAAUAACCCUAAAUCUCGAAACCUACAACGUGAAACCCAACGGCGAUAGAGACUACAUAGAUGAGCAGUUUUCCAGCCUCCCCACAACCCUAUUCAUAUUCUCAUUCCUUUAUCUCACAUCCCUCCUUGCAUGGUCUUACUACUGCAACAAAAACAAACAAUUCGUGAGAAAAAUCCAUGAGCUCAUGGCCCUCUUGCUCUUCUUGAGACUAUUCGAGCUCCUCUUCCACGCCGGCAGCCUGCAUCGCAUGAGGCAGGCUGGAUCUCCCCAUGCAUGGAAGUUUUUCUGGCUGAUGAUUUAUUUUGUGAGGAAUUUAUUAUUCAUAUGUGUGAUCAUGCUGAUUAGGGCUGGAUGGUCUUUGUUUAGACCUAAUUUGCAGAUCCUGCAAAUUAGGGCUAUCUUGAUAACCCUUGCACUUCAAUUUGUGACUAGCUCUUGCUUUGUGGUGAUCAAUGGAGUGGGGCCCUCGGGGGCCGGAUACCGGGUGUGGACGGUGAUGUACUACGCCGUGGACUUCGUGUGCUGCGUGAUCAUGACGCUGCCGGUGAGCCCCUCCAUAGAUAAGGUGGUGGUGAGUGCCAAGAUCAAUGAGAAGGAGGAGAAGAAGUGGGUGUACAAGAGGGCCUAUGAGAGCUUUGCCCUAGCUCUUUAUAUCUAUGUGGGGUUUACGAGGUUAGGGAUGUUCUUGAUUAGGACUAUCACGAGCUACAAUGUGUGGGGUUUGAGCAUUGCCUUGGAGCUGACGAUCGAGCUCAUAUUUUAUGGUGUUGUGUAUUCCAUGUUUUGGCCUAGUGAGAGGUAUGAUUAUGUUGUUCUUGAGGAUAGAGAGGAGGAUCAUGCUAGUUGUGCUGCUGCUUUGUCUGAUUUGAGGUUGUUGGAGUUUUGA